GGAGUGGCUCGUAGUAUCUCGUGUUUACUUGUAUUUGGCUUGUAGGCUUUACAAGCUAGCUUGUACUCUUACAAGAUCCAUCUGGAAACUGUUACAAAUAGCCUGAAAAUAUUCUGAAGAGAUGCAGUGGAUUUUAAGAUCAUCAACAGCAAGAUCCUUUGAAUGAAAAUGGUCUCCAAAAAUCAGACCACCCGAUGACUACCUGGGAGAUCUGGAAGAUGAUGUUACCCUGGUUUUCCGUAAGCCUAGUUGGCAGCUCAGAGCCAGCCUUGCCUCUGUGUUGAUCACCCCUGUCCUCUACCAACUCUACAUCAUUAUGGUCACCAUCAGAUACAUACUCUUCUUACAAACUUUUUCCUCUCCCCCAUGUCCUGCUUGCCCUGUGGUUGACUUGAGUUGGACCGGAGUGUUUCCUUGUGAGCUGGGAUGGAGGGAGAGUGCACUGGCCGUUCUCAUUCUGUCAGCUGUGCUUAUCACCUGCUACUCACUCAUCACUGCCUGCUUGGUGAGAUGGAACCCUCGAAAACAAUGGAACACUCAGUAUUGCACCACAUCAGUUUUUGAUACUCAAGAAAAGCCGACCAAGUUCCAAGUGAGAGUUCAGAGCACUAAUCGACCGAUGUUUCCCCCCACUCUCAGUCUGUGUAUACUGUUACUGAUAUUCCGCUUACUGUUACAGUCAGGAGAUGUUGAAGUAAACCCUGGACCAACGCUUGGCUCUAUUCUGACUCUCAAUGAUUUGCCAUCUGUUUACGAGAACCUGAUACAAGCCGCUGUAAAGUGGUUCAACCUGGGACUUGCCCUGGGAUUAGACUUUGAAACCCUCCAUAAUAUCAGUGAUAAACAUCAAGACAAUCAACCCUGUCUACGUGAAAUGAUAGCUGCUCGCUUGAAGACUGGCCCUCCUCUCACUUAUUCUGAAAUAUGUCAUAGUCUCAGAUCACCAACAGUUAGAGGAGAUGCCAUCGCUAAGGCUAUAGAGGAGGCAUGUACAGGAUUUAAACAGCACUUUGAAGAGGCAAUGAAGGAUGGAUUUGUCACUUUGAAAACUGUUAAUGUUAUUCUAAUGGGACCUGCUGGUAGUGGAAAGACGAGUGUUAAAGAUCUUGUAUUGAAGAACAAAGUAAAGGAUAAACGAAAUAGCACAGGUCCUUUGGAUAGAACCAUCCAGGUCCGAUCCGUAGCAAGUCACCAUGUUGUGUGCAAAGGCAAAGAAUGGAACGAAAUGACACCACAAGAUAUGAAGCGUUUACUUUCUGAAGCUAUUUCUCAAUAUAAGUUAAAGGAUGAUCAUAAAAAGAGUAGCACAAGCGCUGCUGAAGAUAUUCAUGAUCACUCACAAGCAGCGGUAAAGGCUGUACUUGAUGAUCUUGAGGAAAUAAGUUUAAUAGCAGAUUCAAGAAGCGUACAUAAAAGUGGCGGAGAAUUGUUUGGUACCAUGACGAUACGUGUUACCGAUAGUGGAGGCCAACCACAGUUUCACGAUAUUGCACCUCUUUUCACACGAGGAACUUCAGCUGGUGUAUACGUAAUGAAGCUCACAGACAAGUUUAACGAUUAUCCCUCUGAUGAGUUCUAUAUAGGAGGACAACAAGUCGGCACUCCUUCCCUCUCACACUUAUCACACAGGGAAACUAUUCUAAGUCUCGUUCAAUCUCUAAUGUCGGUGAACACACAUGAAAAAAAGCCACGAUGUAUUUUUGUGGGCACAUUCAAAGACGCAUUCAAGGAUGACCCUCCUUCAGUUCUGUCAGCAACCCUUGAGGAAAAAAAUCAAGAACUCAGUGCCUUGAUUCCUGAAUGCUUUCGAGUAUACAGCAACACACAAAUGACCCAACAAAUACUUGCUUUGAAUGCAAUAUCUCGAGAUGAAGACACGCAAACUAUUGCACAUGCUAUUCGGAAUGCCGUAGAAGAGUCUCCGUUUUUUGAAGAUAAAGUUCCACUCCGAUGGUUUGCUCUGGAGCUCUCCUUGCAGGAGUUCUGCACUAAAGUUGGGAGACAUAUUCUCACUAAAAGCGAGUGUAUAUCUGUGGCUAAAGAACUACAGCCAGAUACAGAUGACAUAGAUUCUGCUCUUGAUUAUUUCAACAAAAUCUGCAUAGCUCAUUACUAUCCGCAGAAACUGCCUGGAGUUGUCUUUGUUGAUCCUCAGGUACCCCUAGAGAUAAUCAAUGAUCUUGUUCGAUAUGCGAUGUCUUUGAGAGGAGAUGGGAAAGUCACUUUUGCAACUGCAACUCAUAUGAUGGAUCCUAAGUGGAAGUUGUUCAGAGAUGGUGGCAUCCUAACACUUGAUAUGCUGGAGUCUAAAGAUUUUAAGAAGCACUUCCUUGUUGGCAUCUUUGUUCCCAAGGAUAUGAUAGAGCUCAUGAAAGAACUUUUGGUGAUCACUCCUCUCACAAAUUCUCUGUUAGGCGAAUCUGCUAACACGUCUCAAUUCUUUAUGCCUGCCCUCCUUAAAUCUAUACCACAAGCUGAAUUGAAAAACUGCUGUAACCAUGAGCGCUCGGUCGAUCCACUUCUUGUUCGCUUCACCAAUGGCUGUAUUCGAGCUGGGGUAUUCUGCUGCCUGGUGGUGUUCUUAAUGAAAACGUGUGGGUGGGAAAGGUACAGUAAGUCGAGAGAACAAGUGCCUCAAGCAAGAAACUGUAUCAAGCUUAAAUAUCGAAAUUGCUUUAUAACUCUUGUUGAUUCAAUCGUACACAUAGAAGUGUAUGUGAAAGCUCCUAAAAGAAUUUGUGAAAAUCUCUGUCCAAAAAUCAAAGAAGACAUUUCGGAAGGAAUUAGAGUUUCUCAAGAAGCCCUUCAUUAUUCGAUUGAUGCCCCAGAAGUCUGCUUCUUUUGUCCUUGUAUUCAUGGUGCCACAAAAAGUCAUCAUGCUGAGAUUGAUGUUGACUGUUAUACCUGGAAUUGUUUCGAAAAGCCUGAUGAAUACGAUGGGGAGUUAGAAAAUAAACAAUUGAUUUGGUUCGGAAGAUUUAAGGAUGGCGACACAACAAGAGAUAUAGUAAAAGGUGUUAAGAGAAAGGAAGAGUACAAAGAAGACGAGUCAGGAAGACGAACACUUGGCUCCAUUCUGACUCUCGAUGAUUUGGGGUCUGUUAAUGAUAAACUGAUCGAAGCUGCUGGAAGCUGGAAGGAACUGGGACUUGCUCUGAAAUUACAUCCUGGAACCCUCGAAGAUAUAAAAGAUGACUAUCACGGGAACAAGGACCGUCUAUGUGAAAUGCUAACUGUUUGCUUGAAGACUGCCAAUCUCACCUAUUCUAAAAUAUGUCAGAGUCUCAGAGCACCAGCAGUUAGACGAGAUGCCCUCGCUAAGGCUAUAGAGGAGGCAUGUACAGAUGACGAUACUUUGCCUGGACCAUCUAAGAGGCAACAAUUGUCUUCUGGACCAACCAUGCAGUGAUUGAAUCACCUUAAAUCUUAAUCGGCUUAGUUUGUGUUGAUGGUGAUAGAAUAAAAACAUAUCUUUGUACAUUUUUCAAGUAUAAAUGGACAGCCCUAUUUAGAGAGGUAAUGUAUUUUUCACUUUUACGUAUAGUUUGGAGGGCCCAAUAUUGAAUGUUCCACUGUAUUACUGCAUUAUUACCUUCGUUUCAUGAAUUAUAAAACUCAAGUCCUAUAAUCGUUCCACCAUCCAA